UUAAAUGGUUAGCUGAUGGUUUGUAAUGGUAUUUGUAGUGGAAACCAUUACAAUUUCUGUGAUGGUUUCUAUUGUUUUGUUUUGUUUUUUCAGGAGGGAUGUGGGCUCCAUCUCAGCAGGAGGCGCGAGCCGUUCGGAAUUCGUCCAUGGAUGUUUCCGGUUGAAGUUGAAGGACUUCAUGUGAACAUCUUAAGUUUGCAGGGAAAUUCAAGUCAACCGACACCAAAGAUGCGGGCAAGUGUGUGUAUGUUGGUGUGUGUGCUGAGUGUGUGCAGCGCUCUCAUCUGCCCUGAUGGAGGAAUGUGUGACGAUGGAAACACCUGCUGCCAGACGUCGGGCGGCGGAUACGGAUGCUGCCCGCUGCCUAACGCCGAGUGCUGCUCAGAUCACCUGCACUGCUGUCAUGAGGGAACGCUGUGUGACAUGGAGCACGGCACGUGUGUGAACAAGACACACACUCUGGAGUGGGUGAGAAGAGUCGUCGCCAAGCAGACCACCCUACCUCAGGCAGUGGUGUGUCCUGACCAGGAGUCUGAAUGUCCUGAUGACACGACCUGCUGCCAGAUGCCUGAUGGGACUUGGGGCUGCUGUCCAAUGCCCAAUGCUGUGUGUUGUGAAGAUAAAAGACACUGCUGUCCUGCGGGCACGACCUGUGACCUCCCUCACUCGAGGUGUGUAUCAUCCACGCUGGGCUCCACCCCUCUACUGAGAAAAUUCCCCGCCAUCCACGUAGGAGGAAAAAGAGAUGCAGUGGUGAAGGAGAUAUCUGUGAAGUUUCCAGACAGUAAUGAUGUGGUUUGUCCAGAUAAAGUGUCCACAUGCCCAGAUGACACAACCUGCUGCAUACUAGCAAACGGGAGCUACGGCUGCUGCCCGCUGCCAAAUGCUGUGUGUUGUGAUGAUUACGUGCACUGCUGUCCUGAGGGCACAACCUGUGACCUUGAACAUAGCACCUGCGUCUUGGCCAAUGAGCUCACCACGAUGACUGCUGAGGCCCCGCCCAUUCUGCUCUUAAAGCCGACAGUGGACUCAGUGCCCUGUAACGACACGGUAGCGUGUGCAACUGGCUUUACCUGCUGUAAGAAACAGGACAGUGAAUGGGGUUGCUGUCCACUGCCUGAGGCGGUGUGUUGUGAGGACCACAUCCACUGCUGCCCUCAUGGCACUGUGUGUGACCUAUCCGAGGGCACAUGUAAUGACCCCACUGACCUUUCACACACCGUUCCCUUGGUGAAGAAAGUUCCCGCCUUCCCACGUCCUUCACAACCUGCCAAUCAAAAAUGUGACGAGUCAUUUUCAUGCCCACAAGAUGCUACCUGCUGCAAGUUGGCUUCCGGGGCGUGGGGAUGCUGUCCUCUACCACAAGCUGUGUGUUGUGAGGAUCAUCUGCACUGCUGCCCCCAUGACACGGUGUGUAACGUGGCGGCGGGGACGUGUGACAGUGUCCCCGAUGCGGGUGUCCGCUUGACCGUGCCCUGGGUGAGCAAGACGCCCGCUGUGGCCUUGAUGUCUGAGAGCGAGCGCUGUGAUGAGACCUCAGCCUGUCCGACGGGUACAACCUGCUGUAAAGAGAAAUCGGGAACCUGGGCCUGCUGCCAGCUGCCGCGGGCCGUUUGCUGUGAAGAUCACGAGCACUGCUGUCCUCAGGGCUACAAGUGUGACGUCGCUCACAAGUCCUGUGAACACCCUUCCCUACCCAGCAUGCCGUGGGUCAGAAAGCAGCCAGCACUGAGUGUGACGCACAGCUCCUACGCUGACCCCAGCGCUAACAUGGAGUCGCAGCACGGGCACAAGUGUGAUGCACAGACCACCUGCCCCAGAGGCAACACCUGCUGCUAUAUGGCAAAACUCAGCAAGUGGGGCUGCUGCCCUCUGCCACAGGCUGUGUGUUGCGGGGACGGAGAUCACUGUUGUCCCAGCGGCUACACCUGCGAUAAGGAGAAACCCGUCUGCACGAAGGGAAACCUGCAGAUCGCGUGGUUCGAGAAGCAGCCGGCCAUGAUCGCUCAGGGGUCAGAGGUCACGCGCGGCCUUGGGGACGUGAAGUGUGACAACACCACCAGCUGUGCGGCGGGCACCACGUGCUGCAGAUUACGCACAGGGAAGUGGGGCUGCUGUCCACUGGUCAAGGCGGUGUGUUGUGAAGAUCACGAGCACUGCUGCCCUCAAGGCUACACGUGCGACCUGCAGAGCGGAACCUGCAUUAAACCUUCCACCACACACACCCUUGCACUCACACUCGUACACACACUCUCUGAGCAAGAUGAAGAUGAGGUGAUGUGUGACGCGACAAGACGUUGCCCUAAGAGUCAGACCUGCUGUAGAAUACCAGACAAUGAGUGGGCCUGCUGUCCAUUUGAGCAGGCGGUGUGUUGUAAGGACAUGAAGCACUGUUGCCCUAAGGGAUACACCUGUGACCCUGAAAAACGUUGCACUAAAGCGUCUCCGUUCACGUGGUGGGACAAUUUGCUGUAGAGAAACAUCCCGAUGCCCCGAUUUAGCUUAUAAUGCUGCCCAAAUCGGGAUGAGGGACAAUACAGCACAGUUGUGUUUAGAUUUUUUUUUUUUUUGGUGUUCUACAAACUAGGAAUGCUGAGCGAUCAUUUUGUUGUUUAUAAAAGACACUUACACUGAAACAAUGACACUGACACGUUUCCAGUUUUCUUGAAUCCGAAUCACUCCAAGCUAUGACAUCCUUCAAGAAGGUUUUAUUUCAUUUAUUCAUAUGCAGAUUGUGCCGUCUAGUUUCCGCAUGUAGCACCCGAUUAAAACUUUGCACCCUUUUUAGGACUUUUUAAGAAAAAUUUGGGGUUUCUCUUUUUACUUUGUAAAUUUCUCUUCAGGUUUGAAACAGAUAGAAAGACCGUACUUGCUGUUUUUAAUGAAAACAUUCUUAAGCAUUGUGUCACCGAGACAGAACUGAAUGUAUGGCGUAUCGAAACACUGCACAAUCUGACAAAUCGUAACAGCUUUCAAUUCCCCAAGCGCAAGCUGCGAGUAAGGUAUAAGUCGGCGUAAAAAAAAAAACGUUGCAAAUUGGUUAGGAAAAUUAGCAAGGCUGUGUUAGCAUUUAAGCGUGACCUUCCUUCACCUUUAAUAGUUGGUAAUAACCCAGACCCAAGGAUUGAAAGCACACCAGGCGAUGUACUUUCAUGCUUGGACCCCUAGAUUCAUUCGGUGUUAUUUUUAGUAGCCUGUUUUAUUAGUACGAGUCUUCCAAUGUUGCCUUGGGAGCUGUAUUAAUGAAAGCAAAUGUAUAUUAAUUUAGUAACCACUUAAAAUUUGGACUAUUUGUUCAUCUUUUUCUGUAUAUUUUUUUAAACCUGGGCCUCAGAAUUAACUUGGAAGGUUUAAAUUUUUGGUCAUUUGAUUAGUUUAUUAGAUAGCUUGACUGCCUCUGAUCGCAUGAUGGAAAGUUUGCUGCAUGUUAAGAUUUUGAAGGGCAAUAGCACAACUCAAACAUGCUUAGUUUUUAGAAACUACAUUAAAAAUUAUUGAAAUAAGACUUGAAAUAUAUUUUAACUAGCUUUUAGUUGUGAGGAUGUUUAAAAUCAAGAUUUUGUUUUUCUUUCUUUUAUAUUUUGAUUGUUCUUUGUUUCUGAUGAGACUUGUGAAAAUUGUGGAAAUAAACAGUUUGAAAUGGA